ACAUGAUUUUAUCAAUUAUUUUAUAUUUUUAAAUAGAAUUUCUUCAACAAGCAUGAGUACAAUGCAACGAUCCAUGUCGAAAUCAUGGUCUAUUCUCCGUAGAGCUGUUCGAUCCAAAACCUAUAUUAGUAAUUUAUCCCUUACUGGAAUACCAAAGUCAAGCCUAUACUUUCGCAUUGACAAGAGCGGCUUUAAGACUCCGAGGUACCAAAAUACUUAUCGUUUGGAGGCUUGCAAACCUUUCAAGAGUGAAAUUGUUGAUACGAUCUUAAUUGAUGUGAUGCAGGAUUAUUUAGUCGGUUUAAAAUAUCAAUCUCAAGUUUGCAUGCGGAUCUGUCAGAGAAUGUCGGAGGAAGUGCGCGACAAAAUUUGUAGGGAGUUUUACGAUCGAUACAAAGUUGUGGUUAUUAUGUCGAUCAUCCAAAAGUUAGGACAAAACGUGCAAAUAAAUUUUGGUAAGUUAUGGGACGUUCAGAGAGAUACGUACUCAACUCAUAUAGUUGAAACUGUAGAAUUUGCUGCGAUGGGUCUCGUAGUGGGGACUUAUUACGAAUAAACAAGUAUUUAAAAAAAAAAGAUCAGUGUGAGGGCUUUUGUAAUGAUGAGCAAUAAGUCCUUAAGCAUAGAUUAAACCAAAAUAGUGUUUUAGACAAAAUUUAAAAAAUGAGAACGUACAAAUAAAAUUAAUUAAAGACGAAUUAGCGGAAAAAUAUGUUGUAUGCAUAAUAAUUAAUUUGAUCGAAUGUUCGCCGAUGUUAUGCCUGAAGAAAGAAUCAUUGAUCCACACUCACAAUUAGAUCACGUGUGUUUCAUAUUUUUCUUUAUUGUUAUUAAAUUA